AUGUCGAAUUGUAUUUUAUUAAACAAUAUUGAACAAACUAAUGAAGAUUCAUUGAAAUCAUUUCGAGUUCGUCCACGAAUAAAAAACUUACGUUCAAAAUCCAAACCAUCUGGAUCAGGAGUACCAGCAACAUCGGCGUCAAUAUCUACUACUAGUGAACGUACAUUAUCUACUUCUACUUCAAGUCCUCAAGUACAAGAUUCUAGACGUCAUGAUAUUAAUGUGAGAACUCAACUUGCAGGACAUUUAACAGGUAUUCGUCAUGCUGGAUUGAAAAGAAUAUGUGCAGCAUUAAAUUUACCACCACCAUUGGAAGAAGGACGUCACAACAAACAUGAUAAAGAAUUAUUACAAGUAGUCCGAAAAUUCGCCAACGAAUCCAUGUCAACAGCCAUGCAAGAAGCUAUUGAUGUUGCCAAAAGCACUGAUAUUACAGUUAGUGGUGACGGCACAUGGCAAACAAGACGCUUCUCUAGCAAGCAUGGUGCUGCUGACUUGUUAUCAACAUGUGAUUCUCCGAAAGUCGUUGACAUUGAGACAUGUUCAAAAACAUGUAACGUUUGUACAGGUGCCAAAAGCUUAUUACAAUUAGGAACACCAGAAGCUCGAGCAAAAUAUGACCAAAUUAUCAUCAAUCAUAAUUGUGGAAAAAAUUUCUAUGAACCUUCUGGCAAUAUGGAAGCGUCAUGCAUCUUAAGAAUGUUUCGAAGGUCUCAAAAGAAAUAUGGUGUUCGUUACGUAAAAUAUGUCGGAGAUGGAGAUUCAAAAACAUUUUCUAAACUAAAGAAAGAAACACCUUACAAAGGAAUAGAAAUACAGAAAAUUGAAGAUAUCAAUCAUUUUGGAAAACAUCUAAAACGUGCUCUUGAAAAAAUUAAACGACAAUGUGAUAAAACGAUGUUAUCAGAUGGAAAACGAAUAGGUGGAAAAGGACGUCUUACAACAAUCAAAGAUACAACUGAUGAAGAAACACCUAAUGUAUCUGAUGCUGAUGAUGUUAGUGAAACAUCUGAUCAACAAAAUGAAAAAAAAAAUAAUGAUGAUGAAAGCGGGCAUGGUGAAGAUCUUUAUUAUAAUCCAAAAAGUGGGAAAUGGACGGACUCGGACGACGACAACUAA